UGCCCCAGGCAGUGACCUGAGCACAGCAGUUGAUAGUCCUGGGAGCCAACCCCCCUACCGGCUGAGCCAGCUGCCCCCCACCAGCAGCCACAUGGGGGGCCCCCCAGCUGGGGUGGGCCUUCCCUGGGCUCAGCGAGCUCGCCUCCAGCCAGCCAGUGUCGCCCUGAGGAAGCAGGAGGAGGAGGAGAUAAAGCGCUCCAAGGCCCUAUCGGACAGCUAUGAACUCUCCACGGACCUGCAGGACAAGAAGGUGGAAAUGCUGGAGAGGAAGUAUGGGGGCUCCUUCCUGAGCCGCAGGGCUGCCAGGACCAUCCAGACGGCCUUUCGCCAGUACCGCAUGAACAAGAACUUUGAGCGGCUCCGCAGCUCAGCCUCAGAGAGCCGCAUGUCCCGCCGCAUCAUCCUUUCCAACAUGAGGAUGCAGUUCUCCUUCGAAGAGUACGAGAAGGCACAGAACCCCGCGUACUUCGAGGGCAAGCCUGCCUCGCUGGACGAGGGCGCCAUGGCUGGUGCUCGGAGCCACCGGCUCGAACGAGGGCUCCCCUACGGAGGCUCCUGUGGAGGGGGCAUCGAUGGUGGCGGAAGCUCUGUCACCACAUCCGGAGAGUUUUCUAAUGACAUCACAGAGCUCGAGGACUCCUUCUCCAAACAGGUAAAGUCUCUGGCUGAAUCCAUUGAUGAGGCCCUGAACUGCCACCCAUCAGGGCCCAUGUCUGAGGAGCCAGGGUCAGCCCAACUGGAGAAGCGGGAGUCAAAGGAACAGCAGGAGGACAGCUCGGCCACAUCCUUCAGUGAUCUUCCCCUCUACUUGGAUGACCCAGUUCCCCCACCAUCCCCUGAGCGACUGCCCAGCACAGAGCCCCCACCCCAGGGCCGGCCCGAGUUCUGGGCACCAGCCCCUCUCCCGCCAGUUCCUCCACCAGUGCCACCAGGGACCCGGGAAGAUGGUGCCCGUGAGGAAGGCACUCGCAGGGGUCCUGGGUGCUUGGAGUGCCGGGAUUUCCGGCUGCGGGCCGCCCACCUCCCCCUGCUUACCAUUGAGCCUCCUAGUGACAGCUCCGUGGACCUGAGCGACCGCUCAGAUCGCGGCUCUGUCCACCGCCAGCUGGUGUAUGAGGCUGAUGGCUGCAGCCCCCAUGGGACCCUGAAGCACAAGGGGCCACCGGGCAGGGCCCCGAUCCCACACCGCCACUACCCAGCCCCGGAGGGCCCAGCCCCAGCCCCGCCAGGGCCCCUGCCCCCAGCCCCCAACAGUGGCACCGGGCCCAGUGGUGUGGCUGGGGGUCGGAGGUUGGGGAAGUGCGAGGCAGCAGGCGAGAACUCUGAUGGUGGAGAUAAUGAGAGCCUCGAGAGCUCCAGCAAUUCCAACGAGACCAUCAACUGCAGCUCUGGCUCCUCCUCGAGGGACAGCCUGAGGGAGCCUCCAGCCACAGGCCUGUGCAAGCAGACUUACCAGCGGGAGACGCGGCACAGCUGGGACUCGCCAGCCUUUAACAACGACGUGGUGCAGAGGCGGCAUUACAGAAUUGGCCUCAACCUGUUCAACAAGAAGCCAGAGAAGGGCAUCCAGUAUCUGAUUGAGCGGGGCUUCCUGUCAGACACACCGGUGGGAGUGGCUCACUUUAUCCUGGAACGGAAAGGCCUGAGCCGGCAGAUGAUAGGGGAAUUCCUAGGGAACCGGCAGAAGCAGUUCAACAGAGACGUGUUGGACUGUGUGGUGGAUGAGAUGGACUUCUCCUCCAUGGAUUUGGAUGACGCACUCCGGAAGUUCCAAUCCCACAUCCGGGUUCAAGGCGAGGCCCAGAAAGUAGAGCGACUCAUCGAAGCCUUCAGCCAGCGGUACUGUGUGUGUAACCCAGCCCUCGUGCGCCAGUUCCGGAACCCAGACACCAUCUUCAUCCUUGCUUUCGCUAUCAUCCUCCUCAAUACCGACAUGUACAGUCCCAGCGUCAAGGCUGAACGCAAGAUGAAACUAGAUGACUUCAUCAAGAACCUGAGAGGGGUUGACAAUGGUGAGGACAUCCCCCGAGACCUCCUCGUGGGCAUCUACCAGCGUAUCCAGGGGCGUGAACUGCGAACCAAUGAUGACCAUGUGUCCCAGGUGCAGGCCGUGGAGCGCAUGAUUGUGGGCAAGAAACCGGUCUUGUCUCUUCCCCACCGUCGACUGGUUUGCUGCUGUCAACUCUAUGAGGUGCCAGAUCCAAACCGCCCCCAGCGGCUAGGGUUGCAUCAGCGGGAAGUCUUCCUCUUCAACGAUCUCCUUGUGGUCACCAAAAUUUUCCAGAAGAAGAAGAUCUUGGUGACGUACAGCUUCCGUCAGUCCUUUCCUCUCGUGGAAAUGCACAUGCAGCUCUUCCAGAAUUCAUAUUACCAGUUUGGGAUCAAGCUGCUGUCCGCAGUACCUGGCGGGGAACGCAAAGUCCUCAUCAUCUUCAAUGCGCCCAGCCUCCAGGACCGGCUGCGCUUCACGUCCGACUUGCGCGAGUCCAUUGCCGAGGUGCAGGAGAUGGAGAAAUACCGCGUGGAGUCGGAGCUAGAGAAGCAGAAAGGUAUGAUGCGGACUAACGCCUCACAGCCCGGAGGGGCCAAGGACUCAGUGAAUGGCACACUGGCCCGCAGCAGCCUGGAGGACACGUAUGGGGCAGGCGAUGGGCUCAAACGGGGCGCGCUCAGCAGUUCCCUGCGAGACCUCUCUGACGCAGGGGUCUGUUAUUAGCAGUCCACGCCCUCACCAGAGGAUGCCACCUCCACCCCCACCCCCGCCGCCAGAGGAGUACAAGAGCCAGAGGCCCGUCUCCAACUCCUCAUCCUUCCUGGGCUCCCUGUUUGGAAGCAAGCGGGGCAAGGGGCCCUUCCAGAUGCCACCACCGCCAACGGGCCAGGCCUCUGCCUCCUCCUCAUCUGCUUCUUCCACCCACCACCACCACCACCACCACCACCACGGUCACAGCCACGGUGGCCUGGGGGUGCUGCCUGACGGGCAGUCCAAGCUCCAGGCCCUGCAUGCCCAAUAUUGCCAAGGACCAGGCCCUGCCCCGCC